CCCAAGCAGUAACCUUGGAAAAUCACACCGACACAACGUGGCACCUGGAAGUGAGGAGACAGCCUUGUCAAUGGCUUGGUAACAUUGUUUUAUUGACGAGCGUCGAGCGAAAUGACAACGAAUUUCAAUUCAGUUACGUAAGGGCUUAGUGAUUCGAUCCUAUUUUCAACAUACCCAGAUUAUCAACUAUUCACACGUGGCGGUCUGUAACCGUGGUAAAACACGGAUAAUCCCGUUGAGGUUAGAUUCAGUCGUCAACCGCACAAACGGUGCACUUGAAAAUUGCCGUAUACGGCAAGUAUUCAACACCGAAUUGAAACAUGUUGAACGUAGCGAUCAUUUGAACGUAGCAAACUUAAUUGGCUAUAGAAUCUGGGAGUAAGAGCUUUUGGCCGCUAAUCGUCGACACAGAGAAAUAUGAAACGACGAUCAGAAAAAAAGAAUACCAUCGAGGAUGGUAGUGGUGAACCUUUUGAUGCUCAACAACAUGGAGACACUCGUGGCGACGAGAAAAACAUCGCUAUAUUAUUUUUUCUCUAUCUUUUACAAGGCAUUCCCAUCGGCCUGUCCAGCGCUAUUCCUAUGAUACUUCAAAACAGAGGAGUUUCGUAUCGUCAGCAGGCAGAGUUCAGUUUUGUAAAUUGGCCGUUCUCGCUAAAAUUAUUAUGGGCUCCCAUUGUGGACUCCAUGUUCUCCCAGAGAUUUGGGCGAAGAAAAACUUGGCUUAUACCUACUCAGUAUUGCAUGGGGCUGUUCAUGCUCUUUUUAUCCAGUAACAUAGAUACUUGGCUCGGCGACAAGAAUACACGCCCAAACAUAGAAUUAUUGACUGCGCUAUUUUUUUCUCUUAAUUUCCUUGCCGCCACUCAGGACGUAGCGGUCGAUGGUUGGGCCCUUACCAUGCUCAAAAGGUGUAAUGUGGGUCAUGCAUCCACAUGCAAUAGCGUCGGACAAACUGCAGGCUAUUUCCUCGGUUAUGUGUUAUUUAUAGCACUUGAGUCGGCAGCAUUUUGCAAUGGUUAUUUGAGAUCAACGCCGUCCGAAGAAGGAUUGGUCACAUUACCGGGAUUCCUUCAAUUCUGGGGCUGGGUAUUUAUCGGCACAACAACCCUGGUCGCAAUUUUCAAACACGAGGACAGUGUGGAGCCUCAUAAAGAUGAACCAGAAAUGGACAUAACACACGCAUAUAAAUUGUUAUUAGAUAUCAUCAAGUUGCCGAGCAUUAAAACACUGGCAAUCAUUUUGUUAACUGCCAAGAUUGGAUUUUCUGCUUGUGAUGCUGUAACAGGUCUGAAAAUGGUAGACGCUGGUAUUCCUAAGGAAAAGAUGGCUUUAAUGGCUGUGCCUAUGGUGCCACUUCAAAUUGUUCUACCAUUAGCCAUAGCAAAAUAUACCGUGGGACCAAGGCCAAUGGACGUUUAUUUGAAGGCUAUACCGUACAGGUUGGCUUUUGGAUUAGUUGCCGCGUUUUUAGUAUGGCUUACACCCUUUGUGGUAGUAAACGGAGAUGUUCCACUUUAUUACUACGUCGGUCUUAUCGUCGUGUACUCCAUCCAUCAGGUCACUCUCUACAGCAUGUUUGUAGCUGUGAUGGCAUUUUUUGCAAGGAUAAGUGAUCCGGCUGUGGGUGGUACUUAUAUGACGCUACUCAACACGCUGUGCAAUCUCGGUGGAAAUUGGCCAGCUACGACCGCGCUCUGGUUCGUCGAUGCUUUCACCUUCAGGCAAUGCAGUACAGAUCCUACAAAUGACUGCAGUACCGCGGCUGAACGAGAGCAAUGUGCGAAUACUAAUGCUGGCGAGUGUCACACGCAGUUGGAUGGAUACUACAUUGAAAGUUUACUGUGCGUUAUCAUUGGUGUUGUCUGGCUGAGGUGGGGGCGAAGAAAAAUCAACCAUUUACAAAAUAAACCACAUUCGGCAUGGCAAGUGGUGACACCGCAUCAUAAAAGUUAACGCCAAGUUUUCAACAUCUAGAUUUUCUAAUAUUUUUCUUGUGCAUGAUAAUCAGGGAAUCGGUAACGACUAAAAUUUUCCAAGAACAAACCAAAAACAAGCACAAAGUUUCGUGUAUAUCAUUUCAGAUCAGUGCAUAAGUCACGCAUAACUUACAUAACAAUAGAAUUAUUUUGGCCUUGCGGAUUUGGCCGACUUCGACACUUAAAUAAAUUCUAAUUAUCAUAAAAUGACUGAAAACUUGGCUUUUAAACGCAAAGGCUGACCCUGAAUUCUCUCGUUGAUUCCAUCUUCGUAAUUAAAAAAAAAAAAAAAACACACAGUUCAAUUCAAAGUUCUGCUCCCAUGAUUCGCAGCACAAUUCGAGCAACACGGAGUGUUGCAAGGUUUCGACGAGAAACUUAAAACUAAGUAUUUAUUUUUAGUACAGACCUAUUUGAAGUAUGUAUGGUGCUUCUAUUCCAUUCGCUAUGUUUUCACCGUAUAUUAAGCGAACAGAUGAAUCAUUGGUGUAAAUUCAAUACAAGAGCCAGUUCGUGAAAGAAUGGUAAUCCGGAAAUAUUCAUUCGUAUUCCCUGGCAAAGUUUUCCGCAAUGGAAAUUUUCCUGCUUAAACUUUUCCAUGGGGUAUAACUGCUUAUUUCCUGUGAGCCAAACUAUUUACUUACACUCUGUAUAAAAGCCGCGAUGGAUCUUUGAGCUGCUUUUGUGUCGUGCGUCGCAAUUAUUUGUCUGAAAUUCGGGCGGGACUCGUUAGAUUUAUUUCACGACAGGUUGUAGAGAAUAUAGUAAUUAAGUAAUCCAAUUCCUAAGAACGUUCACAUGGUGCGGUUCUCUUUUUUGGUUUCCUUCUUUAUUUUGUAUAUUCUUGUGGGAAUUCUUAGCACCGAAGUGGACAGAAACGAUUAUUUAUUAUUAUAAUUUUUUUUUUUUUUUUUGACACUCGUUUCGUCAUAUCUCAUUCUCGAAGUUUAUCGCACGGUGAAAAACUUGACUGUUUUUAUCAGUUACAUUCCCUGCAAGGGACCAUUAAUUUGAACAUAAACGUGAACAUGAAGAUUGUGCAUGAAAAACGAAAUGUAUCGUACGUCUGUAUUUAUAGAAAUUGAAUUAGUCUCGUGUCGAUUUUAUUAGAGGUACCCUGGUGAAAACGGUGUCCAAAAAAAUGUUUCUAUAACGCUUUGAAAUGAGAUUUAUGGUGAAGAUUUAAAAAAAAAAUUCAGAUCACUCAUUAAUAAUAUCAGACUUUGUCGAGAAAUAUUUUUGGGAAUGUUUCCAGUAGGGUACGUAAAGUCCUUGGCUCCAAAGACAGCGAAAUAUUUAAAUUAAAACACCAGUUUGUAUACCACAGUUUGUUAUAAACCACAAUAUACAAAUCGUGAUUUUUGGAGAA